UUCCUUGGUCUUGCAAUGGCUACUAUUGCUAAUCCUAUUGAGAGCUCUUCCGCCCUUGAGGCAAGAACCACUAUCGAUGCGACUGUCACUUGCAGCACGGAUGUUGCAUUCGAAGGAAACGGACCAAAGCUUUAUAGAUACCUUUGUCUCCAUGUGUUCAAACGCGAGCACUCUGAGCCUCCUCAGGAGGCUGAUGGCGAGUACAUCGGAGGCUGCAUCAACUGCCCCAGAGGAAAUGUUCAAACCGCGUUAGCCGACUGCCUUUACAUUGAGAACCAUUGA